AUGUUCCAGGCCCCGGAGAGAGACGGCGGCCGGGCGGGCUCCAGGGCCAUGAAGCCCCCGGGAGGAGAGGCCAGCAAUCUUUUUGGAAGUCCAGAAGAAGCUGCUCCGUCAAGCAGGCCCAAUAGGAUGGCAUCUAAUAUUUUUGGACCAACCGAAGAGCCUCAGAACAUCCCUAAAAGGACCAAUCCUCCAGGGGGGAAAGGAAGCGGUAUUGACGAAUCCACGCCUGUGCAGACUCGACAGCAUCUGAACCCACCUGGCGGGAAGACCAGUGACAUUUUUGGGUCCCCAGUUGCUGCCACUUCACCUUUGGCACACCCAAACAAACCCAAGGACCACGUGUUCUUGUGUGAGGGAGAAGACCCAAAAUCGGCCCCGAAAGCCGCAACGAGCUCGUCGCCCAGAGAAGAGCCCGGUGAGAAGGGAGGCCCUGGAGAAGCGGGCCGCGCCCAGCAGCCAGUGCCCAUGCCCGCGGGGGACAGCCAUGAGCCCAGGUUGGGCCCGAGGCCACGCUCUCAUAACGAAGUCCUCAACCCGCCUGGAGGCAAAUCCAGUAUCUCCUUCUACUAAGAGGGGCUGCUGCUUCGCCUGUAGCCAGACAAGAACCCGGAGAGAUAGGAUUUCAAAUACUAUAGUUUCUUUUAGCCCAAAGGAGCCGGGUGCCGAGAGGGUCUGCUGUGUAUCUGAAGCCGCUGCUCAGGCCCCACUGCCGUCGCAGAGCCGGGGGGACCUCACCUCCAGACUGCAGGAGACCUGUCUUGGUGGGGCUAAAACGGGACUCACUGUAACUGCGCAUGUGACGGGACUCAAUGAGGGGUAUGGGGGCAGGUGGUGCGAGGCCACACUGAGGCCUGGUGGCGUGGGGCUGCCCACAGCCUCGCCACACCAGCGCUCUGCUGGCCCACUGGGGGUCUGGGGAUCACGA